AGGCUUCAAAAAAAUGCACUGCCUACACAUAAAAAUCACGUGUGAAGGGAUAAAGAUGCAUAUCCCCACUUAAAGAACCAAGGGAUUUGGCUUACCCUUUAUGGUACAAAAUUUCAAAAACCCGCAAUACUUUUGAGACCCUAUUGAUAAGAACAUUACAGUUUACAGAUCAGUUAACAACCCAUGCCCACCCAAAACAAAGAAAACCUCGAUACCCCAAUUCAGAGAGGUACUGCCUGCCCUUAUUUAGGCACUUCUAACAUGGUGCAGGAGUCGGCACUCCAAGGAAUAGAAGGCCUGGCCCAACUGACCCUUGUGGAAAGAAGAACGGAGAGAUAUAUUAGACUCUGAAGUCUGAUCCUUGCCUCCUUUUGUCAUGAAACAGAGGAAUUGGUCUUGAACUAAGAUACUGGUCAGCAACUUCAACCAACCGUACUGAUCUGGGAUACCAAAGCUCUGGCGUGAAUGGCGCAUAAGGCGGAGGAUGCGCAGGAAAAUGCUUGUUCCAUUUCCGAUGGAGUUGAGAGACAGCAAGUGCCCGGUGAAAGCACGGAUGAUAGAAAUAAAGCACUGAGACACCCUCGAUGGACCAGACAAGAAACGUUUGCGUUGAUACAGGGGAAGAAGGUUAUUGAGAAUGGGGUUCGAAGGGGGCGUAGAUCUGCUUCAGCCUUGGGGUCAAACCAGCUGGAACCCAAGUGGGAUUCAGUCUCCUCAUAUUGCAAACAAAAUGGAGUCAACAGAGGCCCAGUUCAGUGCAGGAAAAGAUGGAGCAAUCUCAUUGGAGACUUCAAGAAGAUUAGAACAUGGGAAUCACAAAUAAAAGAAGAGGCUGAUUCAUUCUGGUCGAUGAGGAAUGAUUUGAGGAAAGAGAGGAAACUGCCGGGGUUCUUCGAUAGGGAAGUCUAUGAUGCUUUCGAUGGAAAGGCAUUCACUGUGGCAGCAAUUCCGCUGACACUGGUUACGGUAGUUGCGAAUGCGAAGAAUGAGAAUGAAACAGAGACCGCAGAAGGAGAGGAGGAGGAGGAUGAGACUGAGACAACUUUUGAUAGCAGCCGAAAUGCUGCUGUAGACGACAGUAUGUUUUCAGAUUUUGAACAUGGGCAGGCGGAUGCUGGUGGGAGCCCCGAGGAGGAAAACAUGGGGACAGGAAGUCCCACAAAGACAGUCCCCACAAAGUUGCCCAUUUCAGGUACAACAGGAGGAAAACAGCAAGGUUCAAAUGGUUGGAGAGGAUCUACAUCUCAUGAUGGAAGGAAGCGCAGGCGGUUGUCAUCAGAUGGAUCAGGAGACACCAAUAUAGGGGAGCAGUUGAUCAAAGUUCUGGAAAGAAACGGUAACUUGCUUAAUGCUCAACUUGAAGCUCAGAACAUCAACUUUCAAUUGGAUCGGGACCAGAGGAAGGACCAAGCCAACAAUUUAGUUGUUGCUAUCAGUAAGCUCACAGAUGCUCUAGUAAAAAUUGCCAAUAAGUUGUAACUGAAGGCUGUGGGAGUAUAAAAUAUUCACACAAAGCUCCUGGAAUUGCGGAGAAUGAAUAAGAAAUUUGCCAAUUUAAAAUUUAAUAGAUGUCAGGCUCAAUUUCAGCUUCUUCAUUUUAUGGAUCAAUAUUUUAAUGUUUUUAGUUACAAUCAUCAAUUUCCACUCUCCCAAUACUUUUUUC